GCGAGACUUGAUUCCUUUCACCAAAGCGGGAUGCGAAUGUUUUAUUUUAUAUUUAACUCCACAGCCUCUAAACUGCAAAGCAGCGGGAGAGAGGAGUGUCGUAACACAUAAGUCCAUCCCGAAGCUCCGACGACCCGGUGAUAGACUACGUACGACCGACGACGAAGAUGGACUCGUUCAAUGGCAUGGACUUUGAAAGCGACCUCUUGGGCGGCUUUGACGAGUUCCCGCUGGGCGGCAAUGGCAUGCCGUCCAUGGGCGGCUCGGGCCUGGACUCGCCGUCCGGCAUGCCCUUCAGCGUCGGCACGCCGACCGGUAUGCCGAGCCUCAACGGAUCGAUGCCGUUUGGCAUGAACAACAGUAGAGCGUCCGGCUCGGGCCCACCCGGCGACCUCCGCGGCCGCGACAACGAUGCGUUCAACGAGAGCGACGACAUUGGCAGCUUCUUUGACAACGACCUGCCCAACAACAACAAGAAGCCCGACGACGACAAGAACAAGCCGUCGCACGGCAUGGACAAGCCGCCGAUGGGCGGUCACAACAACAACAACAACGGCGGCCACAACGCGCCCCAUAGUAUGCAGAACAACAACACACGCAAGGACGAGUCGUCCAUCAACCGCGGUGGCCAGCCGCAGCAAGCCAACAAGCCGCCGCCCAACCGAUUAUCAGAAAGCAACAACUCGGAGUCUCUCCUCUCGACGCUGCUCAUGACGGACCAGCCGGCGGGCGGCAACCGGCCCGGCAUCCCCGGCAUGCACGGCGGCAACCAGCCACCGCAGCACAACCAAGGCCACCCGGGCAUGAACAACUACAUGAACCCGCGCUACAGCGGCAACGGCAACGGCAUGAUGAUGCCUCCGAACGCAGCCGCGCAGUCGUCCAUGUAUGGUGGGUACAACGCCGGCCCGGGCCAGCCGCGGCCACCGUACGCCCAGCACCACACGCUCCAGCGCACGAACAGCGGCCUCAUGAACCCGCCACCGGCCGCGCCGACGAUGGGCCGUGGCGGCAUGCCCAUUAGCUACCCCACCGACUACGACCAGGAACUCGCGAAGCUCAAGAGCGUGCUUGCCGCCCAGCCCGACUUGAUCCCGCCGCCGCAAGAUGUGCUCCGCGUGACGCAGCAUCAGUGUCUCGCCAACUCGGGCCGGAUGCCGCACGGCGCGCCGCCCGGGAGCUUUCACCCCGGUGGCAUGAACCCCGGCAUGCCGCCAGGUGGUAUGCCGUCGUACCGGCCACCGCAGGGCUCGCCGCCGCCGAAUGGUAUGAUGAUGGAGACGCGUCCGUCGCCGUCGCAGCCGCCGUCGUCAUCGACACCGAAUGUCGUGCCUCCGUCGAUGCCGUCGCCGGCCGUCGUGGGCCGUCCGCAGCAGCCGUCGCCUGGUCAAAUGGCGGUGGCGACGCCCGGGAAGGCGACCGUGUGGCAGUCGGAGAACGACGUGCCGCUCCGUCGCAAGAUGAUUGCCAAGAUUGUGAGUUUGCUCCAACAGCGCAAGCCGGACGCGCCCGCCGAGUGGAUUCGGCGACUGCCCGAUAUGGCCCGUCGGCUGGAAGACUCGCUGUACCGUACGGCGUCCGGGCGCGAGGUGUACGGCAACUUUGCGACGCUCAAGCAGCGGCUGCAGCAGCUGGCCGUCACGAUGGGUGCGCGCGCGGCCAAGUCGGGCAUGAACACGUCGCAGUCGACGAGCCCAAACAACCCGGCCGCGCUCAUGAACCAGCCGCCGCAGCGCAGCCUCUCGAUGGGCAACAUGACGAACGCGCCGCCCAACCACUCGCCGCCCAACCCGAGCGCGCCUCGCAACCCGCAGCAGCAGAUGCAGAUGCAGAUCCAGCAGCAGCAGCAAGUGCCAAUGCACCAGCGCAUGCAGCAGCAGCAGCUCCACCCCUGCCAGAUGCCACAACAGCAAGGCAACAUGAACGGCCGGAGCCCGCAAAUGCCCAACGGCGGCCCGUCGCAGUCCAACCCGCAGCAGCAGCAGCAGCAGCAGCAGCAGCAGCAGCAGCAAGGUAACAACAACAGUGCGGGCAUGGGCUUCAACAACCAAGGCAACCGCCCCAACUACACACAGCAGCAGCAGCAACAACAACAGCAGGCACAGCAGCAGCACCAGCAGCAGCUGCAGCGGUCCCAGUCGUUUCCGCAAAACUCGUUCCCGGGCCAACAGCAGCAGCAGAACCGGCCGCCCAACGGCCCGCCGAUGGCCAACAACCCGAACGCACGAUCGGCACCCGGCGGCCAGCGACCGUCGAACGCCGCCUCGUCGGGUCGCCUCUCGGUGGACAGCGGCCUCAACGACCUGACGGCCGACUCGCCGGAUCUCUUUGGGAUGGACCUGACGUCGUCGCUCAUGGACGGCGACGGGGACUUGCACGACGGCCUCGACACGACAACGGACUUUAGCGGCCUUCUCAGUGGGUCGUCGUCGGCCAAGAAGAGCCCGAGUACGUCGCCCAAGGACGCGAGCGGCAAGUCGUUGAAGCGCACGUUGUCGCAAGCCGACAUGGGCGGCAACGCAGCCUCGAAGCGCGCGAAGCAGCCCGUGAAGCGGACGCCCAAGACACCGCCCGCGUCCGCUUCGCCAGGUCCGUCGGGGAAGACGCCGCCGCCGCAAGCUUCCAAGCCCAAGACGCCGCCGCCUUCAGUGAAUGUGCCCAAGUAGUUCAGUUGUAAGAAAAUUAAGCUCGUAUUUGUCAUGGG